AUGGGCGCGGAGCAAGUGCACGUCAGCGUGGUGGGCCCUGGGUCUGUGUCCAUCGGCUGGGCCGUGGAGAAUGCCACCGUCGAGAUUCAAGAGCUGGAUGAGCCCAUCAAGACGAUCAGGAUCAGCCCGGAGAGCCAGCGCUACGACAUCCAGUGUGGCCACCGCAACCUGAACCCCUGCGAGCGCCAGAGGUACCGCAGCCCGCUGCUGUUCCAGGCGCGCGCGGACUUGGAGCCGGGGAGGAGAUACCGCUUCCGCCUCUCUGGCCCCUCUGGCCCUGGGCGGUGGCGGCACCUGCGGACGCCCCCGGCUGCCGGAGCCAAGGAGCUGCGGGUGGCAGUGCUGGGUGACGUGGGUCAGACCAAUUGGAGUGCGGCCACCUGCCGCGAUAUCCGGGCCCAAGCGGAGCAUCUGGACUUCGGCGUGCUCUUGGGUGACUUGGCCUACGCGGACGGCCGGGCCUCGCGCUGGGACUCCUUCCAGCGGCUCUUCGACUCGGAGGGCUGCGCGGAGAUUCCCUGGCUGGUGCUGCCGGGUAACCAUGAAGCGGAGCCGGACGAGAUCAGCGGGGAGCCCUUCUUGCCCUUCCGCCGGCGCUGGCGAUUUCCCGAGGCGGCGCCGGAGCAGGUGACCAACGACUCCCGGAUCUUGGACUGGCGGAGCUAUGAGCUGCAGACGCGCUACGACUUUGGGGGCUCGUUCUUCUCCUUCCGCUCGGGGCCUGCCCACUUUGUGGCGCUGAACCCGUACACCGACGCCUCUGCCUCCUCCCCACAGAUCCGGUGGCUGGCGGACGAGGUGAGACCGGCCAAGACGGGCUUCCUGGUGGUUCUGACGCACGCUCCCUGGGUGCACACGUCGAGGGCUCACCAGCCCCAAGUGGAGGCAGCCACGCGCCGGUUGCGGGAUGCUGCGCAACCGCUGCUGCGGCAGGCAGACCUGGUCUUCAGUGGCCAUGUGCACGCCUAUGAGCGGUCUGAGCCCGUGGAUGGGGUGCGGCACUUCGUGGUGGGCCACGGGGGAAACUUCGAGAAGCUUUACGACACUUGGCGAGAGAGCCCCUUCACCGCGUUCCGCUCUGGAGCCCAUUACGGCUGGGGCGUGCUGACUCUGCGGGAAGACGGAGGGAGUUUCCAAGCGCGGCGUUCCAUCGACGGAGCCAUCAUGGACUCCGUGGACUUUGUGCGGUCAAAGACACCGCCAGAUGCUCCUGAGGACGCAGGAGGCGAGACAGGGUUGCCCUGGGCGGCUGCGGUGGCGCUGGUGCUGUGUGUGGUCUGCAGCAAAUGCUGCGCGUGGUUCUUCUACCGCCGCUAUCGGCGCCAGCAAGCCGACGAGGAGGAGAAGAGCUCCCUGAAUGUGGUGACGCUGGGAAUGCCCGCGUCUGCGUGA